AUGAAUCAAAACCAACAACAAGCGAAUCAACAGAAUUUGCAAAAUCAGCCACCAUUGAAUAUUGUAAAUGGAAGCAAUCAUAUUUUUAAUGACCCGUUUACUACCACAUCAAAUCAAAAUGACAAUAAUGUUUCGAUUAAGUAUCCAAAGAAACGACGUAGCGUAAGACCAAAACCCGCUAUAAUCGUUUAA